AUGAAGUUCAGAGAGACCAUCCGUUCUCCUCGACUGAAAAAUGAAAGCGAACUCCUACCGUACGUGCUCGGUGCCGACCCCGGCGCCGGACCCUACACAACAAACAUAACAAUGGAAAUGGUGGAUAUGAUUGCCUCCCCAUUGACACCUGUUUUUGCCAUACCACCAAACUCACCUAACAAAAUUCCUGAAGCCAAAACUGGCACUACUGAAACGGAGGCGAAGAUACGUGGUCCCGCGUCAAAGCCACUCGCUCUUCACGCUUCUGGGCCGAAUGACACCCUCACCUCACCAUACCCAUCACCACAAUAUCAUUCAAAACGUCCGGCGCCUAUUAACGUCAACAAUCGAGCACCUGCCAAGCUCGAACAAAGCACUUGUGAUAUCAGUGACACUCCCUUUAGCCAGCUCAAUAUGGCCGCUUACACAUUCAGGGAGUUGACUUACUGGAACCAGCGACGACAAAGUACGUUGUCGCAUAGGACUGCAAAGACGCCAAAAAGCAGCUUUAUCUUCGGCUGGUGGAAAUGA